GGGAAAUAUGCUGGAGGCAUUUGUUGGAUGUUCACUGGAGCAUCAGAGUUCCGACCGUCGCAGCUCCUUUGUUCUAGCUGAGCUGGAAAACGGCUAACAUGCUGCCAGACGCCUACGGGUGUGCUGUGGCGAACAGGUUCGGGAAUCUUCUGGAUGAUGACACGGAUCCUUUCGACUUGAUCAACGAAGUGGAAUCAGAAAAGACGAAGAAGAAAAAGAAGAAGAAGGAAGAGGAGGAGAAGAAAGCAAAGCAGAAAAAACCUGGUCAGAAGGAAUCCCAAAGGGACCGACGCCUCCCUAUGGCCCUGGAAGUUCAAGAGCCGGUUCCAGUCCGUAGGCAGCUACCACGUCCUGCACCUGUGUCUGAGAGUGGGGAGGGCAGAGAAGAAGCCCAGAAGAAAGCUGCUGCUGGGCAGCGUAGGGCCAACCAAGAGGAACCCCCACAGGAGUUUUCAGUUUCUAGGCUUUCCUAUAAUUCAGACUUUGAUCUCAGAGGCAAAGGGGGGAUCAAAGGUAGGAGAGCAGGAAGAGCUGGAGGAAAUGCAAGGAACCCGGACUACUUUAUUCUGAGGGGCAAAAGGGAAUACGAUCGGCACAAUGGAACAGGUAUACCUCCUGACGAUAAGAGAGGAGGAAGAGGAGCUUGGAACUGGGGCUCUGUUGAAGAAGCUGCAAGUGAAUUCAUGGACGUGAUAUCUCCAAUCAAAUCUGAGGAGUCCCAGAUAUCUGUAGAGGAAGACAAUCCGAAUCAAGCAACGGAGGAGGAGGGAGAGAUGUUAGUCCAGGUUGCUAUGGAGAUGACCCUGGAUGAAUGGAAGGCCAUGCAGGAGAUGAAUCGUCCCAAAGCAGAAUUUAAUAUCCGCAAAGCAGAAGGCAAGAUUCCCUCCAAAGCCAAGGUCAUCCACGAGUCAAAGCAUGUGGAGACCAUCAAGGUAAAUAUGGAAGAUGAAGGAAACUUCCUUCGCAGAUCUGUGAAUGAUAUCACCUCCCUCUUGGACAUCAAUUUUGGGAGCCUUGGACGUCCCACUCAUGGGGGCCGAGGAAGAGGAGCACGUGGUGGUCCUAGCAGGCGCCCAGAGAGUGUCAAACCAAUAUUGGAGAGGGAGGAGGAUCAUCUGGCACCUAACCCAGAUGACCCAGAAGACUUCCCAGCACUAUCAGCAGGGAGAUAACAGAGUAAAACCUUAUCUCCUAAUGUGUCACAUUUAUUGUGUUUUUGUUUUUGAGGUUUUGGGUUCAAUUGCACUGAAUACACUGUUCAAUAAAUAAUUAUUUUG